AUGCUAGCAAAGCCUUUCCCUAAGGUUGUAGCAAGUUUAAUCAUCUUCCAUUUGUCUGGGGCAACCAAGAAAGGAACAGAAAAGCAAACCACCUCGGAAACUCAGAAGUCAGUGCAGUGUGGAACUUGGACAAAACAUGCAGAGGGAGGUAUCUUUACCUCUCCCAACUACCCCAGCAAGUACCCUCCUGACCGAGAGUGCAUCUACAUCAUAGAAGCUGCCCCAAGACAGUGCAUUGAACUUUACUUUGAUGAAAAGUACUCUAUUGAACCGUCUUGGGAGUGCAAAUUUGAUCAUAUUGAAGUUCGAGAUGGACCUUUUGGAUUUUCUCCAAUAAUUGGACGUUUUUGUGGACAACAAAAUCCACCUGUAAUAAAAUCCAGUGGAAGAUUUCUAUGGAUUAAAUUUUUUGCUGAUGGAGAGCUGGAAUCUAUGGGAUUUUCAGCUCGAUACAAUUUCACGCCUGAUCCCGACUUUAAGGACCUUGGAGUUUUGAAACCGUUACCAGCAUGUGAGUUUGAGAUGGGCGGUCCUGAAGGAAUUGUGGAAUCUAUACAAAUUAUGAAAGAAGGCAAAGCUUCUGCUAGCGAGGCUGUGGAUUGCAAGUGGUACAUCCGGGCACCUCCACGAUCCAAGAUCUACUUACGCUUCUUGGACUAUGAGAUGCAGAAUUCAAACGAAUGCAAAAGGAACUUUGUAGCUGUGUAUGAUGGCAGCAGCUCGGUGGGGGACCUGAAGGCAAAGUUCUGCAGCACCGUGGCCAAUGACGUCAUGCUCCGCACGGGUCUUGGGGUCAUCCGCAUGUGGGCCGAUGAGGGCAGUCGGAACAGCCGAUUUCAGAUGCUCUUCACAUCCUUUCAAGAACCUCCCUGUGAAGGCAAUACAUUCUUCUGCCAUAGUAACAUGUGUAUUAACAAUACACUAGUCUGCAAUGGACUCCAGAACUGUGUGUAUCCUUGGGACGAGAAUCAUUGUAAAGAGAAGAGGAAAGCCAGCCUGCUGGACCAGCUCACCAACACCAGUGGGACCGUCAUUGGUGUGACUUCCUGCAUUGUGAUCAUCCUUAUUAUCAUCUCUGUCAUUGUGCAGAUCAAACAGCCUCGUAAAAAAUAUGUCCAAAGGAAAUCGGACUUUGACCAGACAGUUUUCCAGGAGGUGUUUGAACCUCCUCAUUAUGAGUUGUGUACUCUAAGAGGGACGGGAGCCACAGCUGACUUUGCAGAUGUGGCAGAUGACUUUGAAAACUACCAUAAACUGCGGAGAUCCUCUUCCAAAUGCGUUCACGACCAUCACUGUGGGUCACAAGUGUCCAGUACGAAAGGCAGCCGCAGUAACCUCAGCACAAGAGAUGCUUCUGUCUUGACAGAGAUGCCUCCGCAGCCCGUCAAACCCCUUAUCCCGCCCAUGAACAGAAGAAAUAUCCUUGUCAUGAAACACAACUACUCGCAAGAUGCCGCAGAUGUCUGUGACAUCGACGAGAUCGAGGAGGUGCCGACAACGAGUCACAGGCUGUCCCGACAUGACAAAGCCAUCCAGCGGUUCCGCCUCAUUGGGUCUCUAAGCAAACCUGAAUCUGAACACAACACAACUAGGGUCUAAAAAGAAAAUUCAAG